AUGUCAGUCUGCACUAAAAAUGACCGGGGGGGCACGUGCCUUGGUGCCCCCCCCCCUAAAUCCGCCACUGGGGCAGAGGAAAGGCAGUUUGACUAUAGGACAGAGGAGAGGCAGAAUGACUAUAGGACAGAGGAGAGGCAGUAUGACUGUAGGACAGAGGAGAGGCAGGAUGACUAUAGGACAGAGGAGAGGCAGGAUGAAUAUAAGGUAGAUGAGAGGCCGGAUGAAUAUAAGGCAGAAGAGAGGCAGGAUGAAUAUAAGGCAGAGGAGACGCAGGAUGACUGUAGGACAGAGGAGAGGCAGGAUGAAUAUAAGGCAGAGGAAAGGACAGAGGAGAGGCAGGAUGACUGUAGGGUAGAGGAGAGGCAGGAUGACUAUAGGGCAGAGGAAAUGCAGGUUGACUAUAGGACAGAGGAGAGGCAGGAUGACUAUAGCACAGAGGAGAGGCAGGAUGAAUAUAAGGCAGAGGAGAGGCAGGAUGAAUAUAAGGCAGAGGAGAGGCAGGAUGACUGUAGGACAGAGGAGAGUCAGGAUGAAUAUAAGGCAGAGGAGAGGCAGAACAAAUAUAAGUCAGAGGAGAGGCAGGACGAAUAUAAGGCAGAGGAGAGGCAGGAUGACUAUAGGACAGAGGAGAGGCAGACAAAGGAGAGGCAGGAUGAAUAUAAGGCAGAGGAGAGGCAGGACGAAUAUAAGGCAGAGGAGAGACAGGAUGAAUAUAGGACGGAGGAGAGGCAGGACGAAUAUAAGGCAGAGGAGAGGCAGGAUGAAUAUAAGGCAGAGGAGAGGCAGGAUGACUGUAGGGCAGAGGAGAGGCAGGAUGAAUAUAAGGCAGAGGAGAGGCAGGACAAAUAUAAGGCAGAGGAAAGGCAGGUUGAAUAUAAGGCAGAAGAGAGGCAGGAUGACUGUAGGGCAGAGAAGAGGGCAAAGGAGAGGCAGGAUGACUAUAGGACAGAGGAUAGGCAGGAUGACUAUAGGGCAGAGGAAAGGCAGGUUGACUAUAGAACAGAGGAGAGGCAGGAUGACUAUAGGACAGAGGAGAGGCAGGAUGAAUAUAAGGCAGAGGAGAGGCAGGACGAAUAUAAGGCAGAGGAGAGACAGGAUGAAUAUAGGACGGAGGAGAGGCAGGACGAAUAUAAGGCAGAGGAGAGGCAGGAUGAAUAUAAGGCAGAGGAGAGGCAGGAUGACUGUAGGGCAGAGGAGAGGCAGGAUGAAUAUAAGGCAGAGGAGAGGACAGAGGAGAGGCAGGAUGAAUAUAAGGCAGAGGAGAGGCAGGACGAAUAUAAGGCAGAGGAGAGACAGGAUGAAUAUAGGACGGAGGAGAGGCAGGACGAAUAUAAGGCAGAGGAGAGGCAGGAUGAAUAUAAGGCAGAGGAGAGGCAGGAUGACUGUAGGGCAGAGGAGAGGCAGGAUGAAUAUAAGGCAGAGGAGAGGCAGGACAAAUAUAAGGCAGAGGAAAGGCAGGUCGAAUAUAAGGCAGAAGAGAGGCAGGAUGACUGUUGGGCAGAGGAGAGGACAGAGGAGAGGCAGGAUGAAUAUAAGGCAGAGGAGAGGCAGGACGAAUAUAAGGCAGAGGAGAGACAGGAUGAAUAUAGGACGGAGGAGAGGCAGGACGAAUAUAAGGCAGAGGAGAGGCAGGAUGAAUAUAAGGCAGAGGAGAGGCAGGAUGACUGUAGGGCAGAGGAGAGGCAGGAUGAAUAUAAGGCAGAGGAGAGGCAGGACAAAUAUAAGGCAGAGGAAAGGCAGGUCGAAUAUAAGGCAGAAGAGAGGCAGGAUGACUGUAGGGCAGAGGAGAGGACAGAGGAGAGGCAGGAUGAAUAUAAGGCAGAGGAGAGGCAGGACGAAUAUAAGGCAGAGGAGAGACAGGAUGAAUAUAGGACGGAGGAGAGGCAGGACGAAUAUAAGGCAGAGGAGAGGCAGGAUGAAUAUAAGGCAGAGGAGAGGCAGGAUGACUGUAGGGCAGAGGAGAGGCAGGAUGAAUAUAAGGCAGAGGAGAGGCAGGACAAAUAUAAGGCAGAGGAAAGGCAGGUCGAAUAUAAGGCAGAAGAGAGGCAGGAUGACUGUAGGGCAGAGGAGAGGACAGAGGAGAGGCAGGAUGAAUAUAAGGCAGAGGAGAGGCAGGACGAAUAUAAGGCAGAGGAGAGACAGGAUGAAUAUAGGACGGAGGAGAGGCAGGACGAAUAUAAGGCAGAGGAGAGGCAGGAUGAAUAUAAGGCAGAGGAGAGGCAGGAUGACUGUAGGGCAGAGGAGAGGCAGGAUGAAUAUAAGGCAGAGGAGAGGCAGGACAAAUAUAAGGCAGAGGAAAGGCAGGUUGAAUAUAAGGCAGAAGAGAGGCAGGAUGACUGUAGGGCAGAGAAGAGGCAAGAUGAAUAUAGGACAGAGGAGACGCAGGAUGACUAUAGGACAGAGGAGAGGCAGGAUGACUAUAGGACAGAGGAGAGGGCAAAGGAGAGGCAGGAUGACUAUAGGACAGAGGAUAGGCAGGAUGACUAUAGGGCAGAGGAAAGGCAGGUUGACUAUAGAACAGAGGAGAGGCAGGAUGACUAUAGGACAGAGGAGAGGCAGGAUGAAUAUAAGGCAGAGGAGAGGCAGGACGAAUAUAAGGCAGAGGAGAGACAGGAUGAAUAUAGGACGGAGGAGAGGCAGGACGAAUAUAAGGCAGAGGAGAGGCAGGAUGAAUAUAAGGCAGAGGAGAGGCAGGAUGACUGUAGGGCAGAGGAGAGGCAGGAUGAAUAUAAGGCAGAGGAGAGGCAGGACAAAUAUAAGGCAGAGGAGAGGUAG